AUGGGAUUUUCACACGAAAUAGAUUUUCAUGAAGAUUUAACUCCUGAGAUGUGUGGUGAUUCUUCACCAUUCCUUGGGAUUAAGAGGGCAGCAAGCUCUUCCGAGGCAUUAGCUGCUGUCGAGAUGAAGAAGUCGAAAGGGAGCGUGGAUACUGCAAACCCAGUGGCUAAGGUUUCGUCUGAUCCAUCUUUCUCGGUCAUUCAUUUUCUGGUGCUGAGUGAUGGCGUUGAGAUUAUGUCUGGCAUAGUGAAAAACAUCUCAGGGCUUAAGUCGCAAGUGGAAAAUAUUUUCUCUCAGCUGAAGCUUGCUGUUGGAGAUGAUAGAUUUGUACACCACCUUAGUCAGCUAAUUGCGAACCUGUUAAAAGAUGAAGAUUUUCACAAGGCAUUUGUUAUGGCAUAUAUUAAGGAUCCGUGUCCGGAAGUGCUUGCCCUCUUAGAGGCUUACUCAAUGGAAAAAAGUGACCAAGAACGAGUUGAGGAUCUCAGGAGAGACGUCACAUUGGGACGCGUUUUGCAACGCAAAACAGACACCACUUACUAUGUGAGGGAAAUGGUGAGCAUCAUAUUGGGGUACUGGAGUAGUCCAUGGUUUUGCAGCAAGUUGCGUGAAGCGGUUAAUGGGAAUGAUGCAGCCAGGGACGUUCCACGGAUGACUAGAAUUAUUAAUGUUGAUGUUCCACCCUCUAUCGAGGGCCUUAAAGAAGCAUUGGCGACUGGGUUCUGUGGUGAAGAACUUCGGCGUAUGUGUGAACGGAUAGAUCGUGAUAAUUACGGGAUGAGAAUCCUACGUUUCAGUCCCACACAUAGGAUGAAAUGGUUCGACAUUGUAUGGUUGGAAGGGGAGGAAUUCUCUUGGGGUGCGCAAGGGUUUUAUGAACACCCAUACCCUGGUUGCACUCCACCGUGAUUGUUCAUUCCAACCAUCCGUUUUGUAGAGACCGUUGCCUCGGCACAAUCAAGUGCGCCGUGCAUCAACAGAACAUCGAUUGACUAGGUAAAUAUAUGGUAGUGUGUUUAAACAUGAUGCAUAAAUAGCAAAUUUAUAUGUUGAAAGCACACUUAUAAUUUGGUUUGUACAAAUUAUCAUAAACAACUUAUGAGUUGUACAAAUAUAAUUGCUAUUAAAUUAAAUGAGCUCGGCUCACGUUGGCUCGAGCUCGGCUUGUUAAUUCUCUAGUUCAGCUUGAGCUCGAGCUCAUUUAAAGCUCG